UAAAGCAUAAUGGGCCUUGAGUCCAUUCUCAUAUCACACUCUGGGCUUUGAUUCAAUCAAAGCACGGAUUGCUGAUAGAUAGUUGGGAGAUUUUGUGCGCUCAUCUCACCACCCGAUUCACCUCCGCUAGAUCCUAGAGCUAGCUACACCGAUACAAUAUGCAUCAGAUGAGCGAAGACAGCUUCGAUCGAUUACCAGACCCGCUUAUCCUAGUCAUCUUCAACUCAGUUGCAGACAUCAAAACCCUAAUUCGGUGCCGCGCCGUCUCCAAGCGUUUCAACUCGUUGGUUCCUCAGGCAGAGACUCUGGUCUUGAAGGUGGAUCGUGUCAUCUCCACUGACUCAGAUGGUUCCUUUUUCCUCAGCUUCCUUAAAUCCAUCUUCAGAUCGCUGCACCAUAUCAUAUCCCCAAAAUCACUACCAAUCCAACCUCGGCCGCACAACUCCCCGACCCAAAUCCUGCGGGGGUUCGACAGGAUUAGGAACCUGGAGAUUGAGUUACCAGGGGGCGACCUGUGUUUGGAGAAGGGGGCGGUUCUGAAAUGGAAGGCGGAGUUCGGAAAGAGGCUGAAGAGUUGCGUCAUCAUGGGGUACCGCGGGCUGGGAGAGGGGGAAGAGUUGGAUUUUGGGGGAGAUAUGGAUGGAGGGUUGAAGGUGAGAGUGGUGUGGACGAUAAGUGCGCUGAUAGCGGCGUCGGCAAGGCACUACUUGCUGAAGGAGUUGAUAAGGGAGCACAGAGAGCUGGAGAGGUUGGUAUUGAGGGAUAGGGAUGGAGAAGGCACGGUGGUGAUGGAUAGGGAGGCGUUGAGAGAGUGCAGGGAUGGGGAGGGGGAGGAGGAACAGGAGGAAGAGGCGGUUGAACCUGGCGAGAGGGAUAAGAGUAGAACAAAGGUGCCAGCAGUGCAGAUGAGGAUGAGACACGAACCGUUGCUGGAGCUCGAGGGGUGUGGAGUUAGAAUGGGGGGGGCCACCCUGGUGGUAGUGACACCGAUUAAGGAUGGGAGGAAGAUGGGGACGGAGGAGCCUGGGUUAGUUUGUGAUGCGUUUGAAGGGAUGUUCGGAGAAGCCGCUAGGACUCUGCUCAAGACUCGGACUUACCUCCUCGAGAUGAACUCCUUCUAAGUUAACCCCUACCCCCUCCCACCUCCAUAUACCACUCUCCAUUUUUCUUUUCCAUAUUUGGUUUUCUAUUUUUCUUCUUUUUCAUUACUGUAAAAUUGGCCCUGCAUUUCUGCUAUAGGAUUAUACAUUAGACUUGAUGAUUCCGUGGAGUUGUGUAUAUAUGAAAAUUUUUCAAGGUUAAUUGAACGGGGAGUGGUUUUUCAAUUUCAAUUUUCGAUAAA